ACACGCUAUCCCAAACACGUCUGAAAAUAAACAAACAGAGAAACGGCGAGAGUAAACCGUUCUUAAAGCCCGGGAGUGACAUGUUAUAAUAAAAGCCUAUCUUGUGGCUUGCUCGCUAGUUUGUCUGUUUAUUUUUUCACGGGGUGAAUGUGCACCACGUGUAACUGUUUUUCCCGUUAAACCACUCGAGUGUUUGUGUACGUACAUGUGUUGUACUUGGCAGGUCCACUGCUGGGACAGGUUCCACUUGCUGAGAUGUUUAUGGACCCGACUUGUCGUGCUAAGCCUGGCCCGGUGCAGCGGCGGCUCGUCGGGGAAAAAACUACGAACGAAAACCUCUUCUAUCAAUGGAUUUACCAGGGCUUCACUUACGGCUUUGCAUAUUCACUCACAGGAAGCAUUUAUAAUUCAGUCGUAUUUUCGAAAGGGACAGAAGACCAACAUUCCGGGAAGAAUUUUUCUACAACAUCGUGGACUAGGCCCAUUUCGGCAGCUCACUUCAGUGAUGUGUGGUUAAACUUCGGAGAAACCUCGUGUCUGCAAAAAAAAAAAAGAGACAGGUAAUGGAGCAGACUCGUUUUGUGGCCCCGUUUGAAGAAGGCUCUUCAUCGAACACCUGUCAACAAUUUGGAGCAAUUAAGGUUGAGAAUAACAGAAGAAAUUAACGACAUAUACAAGAAUGCCGAGGUGUUGAGACAUGUGUUAAACGAAGAGAUUCUUCCCUGCAACAAAAUGAACAACAUUUCCAACAUUUAAUGUAGUUUAUUUUUAUUUCGCAAGUUUUACACGUAGAAUGACAAGUCAAUAAAUGAUACAAGUAUUAUUCAUUGACCUAAUAGCUGAUUUAUUGUA